UUCAGCCCCACGACUCAAUAGUGAGCCCUUUGUGAGCCCACAUCCUAGGCAGUUUGCAGCCCCAGCUGCCAGCACAUGGUGGCUCUCACAGAAGGUUUGUUGAUUGACUGACUGACCUAAGUCAGCUCCUAUACCAGGCAGCCAAGAGGGACAGUCCCAGAGCCUCCUUCUGAGGGUGCAAGCCUAGUGUGGGGUGGGGGUGUCUCCACUUUUGGGAGCCCCCGUGUCUGCCGGCAGCCCGAGGACACAAAGACCUCCCGCCUCGCCGCCUCCACGGGGACCCUCUUCCUCACACUCCUCGGUUCCUGUCAGAGCCAAGACGUGUCACCAUGGAAACCGCUUGGCACAUGCUGGCAGGCAGAGGCGGCCAACAGCAGCUCGCCUUAUCGAGCUCGGUGCCUGUUGGAGGGACGUCGCGGGCCGGCGUGAGCAGGCUGCCCAGCUGUCCUGGCGGGCCUGGAGGUGUCCAUGCCUCCCCUCGCUGUUGCUGAGGAGGUGCAGUGCCAGGCAGAGCUGGGCCACACGGGCCUUGGGCAGGGUGGCUCCGAUCACCCCGAGGGAAGGUUCUGGAAGAGACUGUGGUCCAUGGGCAGCAGCAGGGGCUCCCAGGAGUGGCCAGAGCCUGCCCACCCACCAUGCUGCAGUGCAGACCGGCCCAGGAGUUCAGCUUCGGCCCCCGGGCCCUGAAGGACGCCCUGGUCUCCACUGACCCGGCCCUGCAGCGGCUCUACGUCUCCACCUUCUCCCCCGCCGAGAGGCUCUUCCUGUCCGAGGCCUACAACCCCCAGAGGACCCUCUUUUGCACGCUGCUCAUCCGCACGGCCUUCGACUGGCUCCUGAGCCACCCUGAGGCCCCUGAGGACUUCCAGACCUUCCAUGCCUCCCUGCAGCACAGGAAGCAGAGCCUGGCUCGGAAGCACAUUUACCUGCAGCCAAUAGAUCUGAGCGAGGGGCCGGUGGGGGGAUCCCUGCUGGACAGCCUGCGCAGCUGCACAGAGGCCUUCUUCCUGGGCCUGCGGGUCAAGUGCCUGCCCUCGGUGGCAGCCGAGUCCAUCCACUGCUCCUCGCGCCCCAGCCGGGACUCCGACAGGCUCCAGCUCCACACUGACGGCAUCCUAUCCUUCUUGAAGAACAACAAGCCAGGUGAUGCGCUGUGCGUGCUGGGCCUCACGCUGUCCGACCUGUACCCCCGAGAGACCUGGAGCUACACCUUUGGCAAGUUCCUUCCAGGGCACGAAGUGGGCGUCUGCAGCUUUGCCCGGUUCUUGGGGGGAUUCCUGCAGUCGGGGCCCAGCGCCCCUGACCAGGCGGAGGUGGCAGCAGAUGGCCCUGAGAUCCCCCUGCAGGACAGAGGCUGGGCCCUGUGCUUCAGUGCCCUAGGGAUGGUCCAGUGCUGCAAGGUCACGUGCCACGAACUCUGCCACCUACUUGGCCUGGGGAACUGCCGCUGGCUCCGCUGCCUUAUGCAGGGUGCGCUCAGCCUGGACGAGGUGCUGCGGCGGCCGCUGGACCUCUGCCCCAUCUGCCUGCGGAAGCUGCAGCACGUCCUGGGCUUCAGGCUCCUCCAGAGGUACAAGAGACUCCACGCCUGGACUCGGGUGGUGGCAGGGACGUGGCCCAGCCAGGAGUUGGGGGAGCCGUCUGUGUCGGAGGACAGCCCGCCCGUCAGUGCCGACUCGGGCAUGUGCUGCGAGAGCGACUCGGAGCCGGGCAGCAGCCUGUCGGAGCCCCUCACGCCCGAUGCCUGCAGCCAUGCCUGCUCGCUGGGGCCGGAGCUGGAGCCCGAGGAUGGGCUGAGCUCCCUGGGGGCCUCAGAGGCCCCACCGCUGCUCGGGGGCCCUGCAGAAGCCAUCAAGGAGCACGAAGGGUGGCUGGCCACGUGCAUCCAGGCCCUGGAGAGGGAAGGGGCCGAGGAGGAGCUGGCGCGGGUGGACCAAGCUGUGGAUGCCCUUGACCGGUGGGAGAUGUUCACAGGGCAGCUCCCAGCCAGCAGGCAGGACCUGCCCUGUGGCCGAGACAGCGUGGGGCUGCGCAGGGUGCUGGGGGGCACGUUCUCCUCCCUGAGGCGGCGACUGAGUGCUCGCAAACUCUCCAGGGCAGAGUCUUCCCCCUGCCGCCGGGAGGGAGAGGAGGACUAGCACAGCAUGGGCUGUCCUGUGGCUGUCACUGUCCAGUGUCAAGGGUGACGUGGACACACCGGGGAUUAAUAGGAGAGGUCCUCUCAAGGAGCUGCCACAGGUCUGUCUUGAGGCGGCUCUUUUAGCAUGUGUCCUGCCAGCAGCCCCUGCUGGCGCCUCUCAUCGAGCACAUGGCCGUGGCUGUGCGUGGAUGGAACCUCUUCGCCUGCAGGAGGGAGCAGGUGCGCCCUCUCUCCUUCCAGGUGGGGCGGUUGGGCCUGCUGAGUCGUUCGCUUAUUUACGGCCAGAGUGCUAAGGGUGGCAGUCCCAGGUGCUCAGACAGGGUGGCCUGGGGGCAAGCAGGCUCUGCUCCUGCAACCCCUGCUAAGGUUGUACAGUUGGUCUCUACUCAAAGGGGAAGUGACGGAGUUUUCUCUCUAAAGUGUCAAACACACACACCCAGGGCCACUUUCUGUGGCACUAAUGGCUCUGGUCCAUAAGCACCUCUGUGAAAGUUCUGGAGAACUGGCCCACUGUUGCAGGAAAGGCAGGUAUCUAACAGUGUAUGUGCCCCAGAGGCCACCUUAGUCCCAGGCUGCUGUUGGUUGUCACUUGAAGCGGUGAAGAUAAACAGUGGUGUGGUGUUCAGAUCAUCCGUGUCUUUACGGGCUUUUGUCUAGUUUUGCCAAUGGCUGUGGAAUCGUCUGUUUGCCUUUAAUUCUGACAAGCUUUGCUUCAUGUAUUUCAAAGCUCUUUUAUACCAUACACAUUUGAUAUGUUUCCUGGUGAAUUGACCUGUUUAUCAUCGUAAAUGUCCCUGUCUGCAGUGCGAGAGUCCCAGGGAGAGAAACUUCCGGCUCUGACAGCAGAAGCCUUUCAGAGUAGGGGGGUGGGCCACGGCUCUUUUCCCAUCGGGGAAGAGGCAAGAACUGGGUAGGUUGUAGGUUUUGUGGGUGGGUAGCUUAUACAGUUUGGGGGCCUUCUGAAGAAAUCUAAAAUAUAAAUUUAAAAGCCUCUUAGUUCCAGAAAAUGCAAAGGGAUGAGUACACAUUGAAUUUUAAAAAGGGCCUCACUCUGUUAAUCAGGCUGGAGUACAGUGGUGCAAUCAUAGCACACAGCAGCCAU